AUGUCCAAAAGGCUCCGCUCCCAGUUAGAGCAAGAAAUCCCAGAAGAUGUCUACUGUGAGAUACAUCUGGAGCCACCACAGCUGUUCUGCCAUGAUGACCAAAUCACGCUUUGUGACAAGUACUUCAAGUCCCAGGAGCACAAGAAUCAGGUGGUGUAUGGAGUACAAGAGGCUGCUGAGAAUUAUAGGAAGUUAUUCCAGGAGAUAUUGAACAUACUGAAGGAGAAACUUGAAGUAGCUAAAAGCAUAUUGGCUGAUGAGCAAGAAAGAAUGGUCAUGAUGCAGGAAGAAGAGCAGAAUUUUAAAGUGAUGAUUGAGUCUGAAUAUAGGAUAAGGGUCCGAUUGAUGAUUGAAGAAAACAAAGUGAACUUCCAGAGCCUGCAACGUUGCAGAUUCAACCUGAACUUGAGAGAAGCCAAUCAGAACCAACUGAUGGAGUUUGCCACAAAGCUAAAGGAGAAGUUCCAGGAAAUACUACAGAGACUGAACUGUUUGUGGAGAAAGAACAUGAAUAAACUGAGGGAGAGUGAAGUCAGGCUCUCUGAACAGAUCUGCAGGCUCCAAAAAUCACUGCAGAGCUAG